GCUGGGUUGAAUGCACUGGUGAGUCUAGCCCGUCAAAUAGUCAAGCCAGAGGAUCCAACAUUCCAGUCCAUCCCCACACAUAUUGCGAAUGACCCUCGUUAUAUGCCGUUCUUUAAGGUGUUCCACAUAUUUAAAUGUUAGUUUCUGAAAUGUCACACACAUGAUUUUAUUAUUGAUUAUUUCCUUCCUAUCAGGAUUGCAUCGGAGCCAUUGACGGAACACAUGUCGACGCACGUCUUUCUGUCAAAGAGAAAGUUGCGUACAUUGGUCGAUGCGGAUCACCAACACAAAAUAUAAUGGCUGUUUGUGAUUUCAAUAUGUGUUUCACAUAUGUGAUGGCUGGAUGGGAAGGUAGCGCACACGAUAGUCGCGUUUUCAAGUUUGCAACUAGCAACAUUAAAUAUGGAUUCCCUUAUCCACCACCAGGUAAGUACUACUUAGUGGACGCCGGGUAUCCUUUGCAAAAGGGCUAUUUGAAGCCAUAUCCAGAUACAAAAUAUCAUAUACCUGAUUUCGAGAGAUCUAGCGGGGUUGCACGAGGAAAGAAAGAACUUUUUAAUAAAAGACAUUCAUCCUUGCGUGGUGUGAUCGAGAGAUCGUUUGGUGUUUGGAAGAAGAAAUGGGUAAUUCUACGUGAUAUGCCAACUUAUCCUUUUCCAAAACAAGUCCAGAUUGUAGUGGCAACAAUGGCACUACACAACUUCAUACGACGACACCAUUCUCGGACAGAUGCAGAGUUCUCUGUUAUAGAAGAGGAUUCAAUGGAAAUACCACCUGAGGCAUUUGAAUACCACGUUGGACGUUCUAUCCCACACAUCGAUAUUGAUUCACCUGAGUCACAUACACCAGAUGGUGAAGGCGCUUCUGAGAUGGCAUGUUUGAGAGAGCAAAUAGCAAAUGAUAUAAGCCAAGGCAUUUAGACUGCAUUACAUAUUAUGUUCUUUCAAUUAUGUUUAAUUAUUUGGGGCAUGUUAAACAUAUGGAAGUAAUUCUAUGGAUGAUGAUGUACUUUGCUCUUAUCUGGUAGUUUAUGUUAAUUUGAGUGCACUAAAUGGAGGUAUUGAUGUUUAACUGCUGUGUGAAUGUGGUAUUUUAGAAGCUAUGGAUGUAUCUGCAUUUUAAAUGAAAGCUUAUCCCAUGCUUGUGAUCUUACUUAGCUGGUAAUAAAGCUGCAGCCAUGCACUUUGGGAGUAUAUGCAAUCCAUAUGUAGCUUGGAUGGCCCCUUAGCUAUGUAGGUAGCUUGGAUGGCAACCACUACUAUGUUGGAAUGCUGUUUAGGGUCAGAAUGGCUGCUAUAUGUGUGUGUGUGUGUGUGUGUGUGUGUGUGUGUGUAGGAUUGUGUGUGUGUGUCUGUGUGUGUG